AUGUUCAAGAACUCCAUUCCCCUUGGUCUUCGAGGAGCUAUCCUUGAGUCUGACAAAGUCAAAACUUACCUCAAAUUUGUUGAGGAUUACUUCAAGGGAUCGUCUAAAGCGCAUGCAAGCAGCUUAAUGCUAAAGAUACUUACUCUGAAAUAUGAUGGAAGUAGCGGUGUCCGUGAACACAUAAUGAAAAUGAGUGAUAUGGCGAACAAGCUUAAGACUCUUGAAAUGGAAGUCUAUGAUAACUUUCUUGUGCAUUUCAUAAUGACAUCAUUGCCUGCUCAAUUUGAUGCCUUCAAGAUUAACUAUAAUGCUCAGAAGGAUAAAUGGAAGAUGAGUGAACUGAUUGCAGUGUGUCAACAAGAAGAGGAUUGCCUUAAGCUCGCGCAACCUGAAGUUGUUCACCUUACUACCACUGCUAAUUCCAAGAAGAGGAAGGGUAACAACAGUAACAAGACUGGAAAUAAAGGUCUAAUGUCUUGA